AUGACGUAUGGUAGUAAAGGAGAUCCGUAAGAUUUAAAACAAGCAACUACCGGAACACCAGCAAAGCGAGAGUAACUAAUAGUAACACACCUACAAUAUUUCAAACAACCGUAAACCGGUUAAGACGUUCAACUACGAACGAUUUAGAAAUCUGAUUCAUAAGCUCUCUCCUCGCUUCACAACAUAACAACAGAGGGUUACGAACAUGUUAACUCUCUCAUAAUUCAUUAUGUUUUCACGAAGUUACGUCAAAUUGGAGAGCUAAGAAAUUGGGUGUGGUUGCUGGUAAAAGUAGGCCUGGCUCGGACAUAACUCUCCAAAAUCUUAACUCUCUGUAAUAACUAUCCGUUUAGCCAUAUCCUAGAGUAGACAUGCAAUGUCUGAAGUAUAUAGUCUGGUAUAUCCAUUUACCAUUUACGUUUGUGCUUCUAGUUUCUUGCAACAACUUUUCAGUUUUAUAAAUUAGUCCUUUAAUUAAGAAACUACAAGCGAAAGUGUGGGAAGCCAUACCGCUGGCAAAUCUAAAGGUAUGUUUUCAUUGUCUAGUCACCGCUACAAUUUCAGAUGGAAGGAGGGAUGACAGAGUUUUAGAAGCCGGUGUUGCUGCAGGUAACAGUGACGUGAACAAUGUUUUUUCAAGGCGUAAGAGGCGAAGUGUUUUGCUUCAGCUGAACAUGUUAGCUUACUAGGGCAGUUACUCAUGUUUAAAUUUGAUGAAUCGAUGCAAUGAGAAAAUUAUUUUUUAUAGGAAGGUUUACACGUCCCGCACUCUGAUCAAACUGUACCUUAUUUAAAGAAACUCUGAUAGAAUAAACAAACCUUUAAUAUAAAAUGUUUACCGAGAUCUGAUUGUUAUUGUAAAUGUUUGGUUAAACAUUGUUUUCACAUUUCUAGAUAUCAGAAUAAAGAUCAGUUUCUCGAAUCCUACGGAAGGGCAAAUUAAGGAGGUGAAAGGAUUUUGUGAACGAUUCAAGAUUUCUCAUUGUGAAGAUGCAGUGAAGCUUCGCCAGCAUUUCAAUGAUUUCUUGGAUGAGGUAAUAAACGAGUGAUUCAUGGUUGAUAUAUGCUUGCUGGACAGGACCAGGUUUGUUGAAAACAGUUGUGGUGGUCAACAGUUUGUCAACAGUUAGGUUCAACUAUUAUGAAAAACACCCAAUGUUCAGCCAUUGCUUAUAUAACGGGUACACUUAACCUAUUCUGUUAUGAAGUAUUGCAAUCUCGAGACCGCAUAUAGCAACCAAUCAUACACGGCAAAAAACGCUCAGGUUGAUGCAAUACUGAUGAAAACUGGAUUGAACAAUGUUUUGCUGCCCACAUUGUUCAUAGCUGUCAACAAUACUGAACAAUAUUGUUACACCCGAUUCAGGCUCAACAACAUUGUUCAAUAUUGUUGACAAGUGUGAACAACAUGGGCAGCAAAACAUUGUUCAGUCCUGUUGAGCAACGGACUCGGCGUUUUUUGCCGUGUACACGCGUAAAAAUUAUGAGCCUGCUGUUUAACAGGAUUGAACAAUGUUGUGCGGCCCACAUUGUUCACACUUGUCAACAAUAUUGAACAAUAUUGUUGAGCCUGAAUCGGGUGUACCAAUAUUGUAUAAUGUUGUUGACAACUGUGAACAAUGUGGGCCGCACAACAUUGUUCAAUCCUGUUUUCAUCAAUAUCGCAAUAACAUGAUCGUUUUUAGCUGUGUAUAUGGCAAUUCUUUUACCACGCCACUGUUUUUGAAAAAUAGUUUCGAACGCAAUUUGAGAAGAGAAACAAACGUGAGCGAGCUGUUGUCACGUUUGUUGAUGUCAUAUGGUAUUUACAGUUUGUAUUUACCGUUCUCAUACGUGAGCCCGUAUUCUCUCUCUCAGUCACAGACAAGUCAAUGCAUGUAAUGCCCGUUUUCCACUCCGUUAUUUCGCCGCCACUGGCGAAAAAUUUUGACAAAGAAAUCAUUUUUUUACAUUCAUUCGCCGCUGAAGAAAUUUGUUCUCCUGCCGCAGUUGCUUAAAAUUUUCAACUUUUGUUUGACCUUUCGUUGACGGCGCGAAAGAUCAAAACGGGCUUUAAGGCCUGUUAAUAUAACAGACACUGACGGACUGAACCUAGACUUGCUCCAAGUCUCUGUUUCAUUGUCAUAUAGUAUCGAUCCACUAUAGUGUACAUUACGUGACGUAGCACGGAGAGGCGGAGCAAGAAAGAGAGACUUGUUCGGCAACUUCGGAAAAUCUCGGUUCAAAACUGAACCGAAAAUGCAAGACUUGCUUUAAUUGUUUUCCUUCAAUUUCUUUCUGUAUCAUUUACGAUAAUGGAACUCAUGUUAUUUACACAGUGCUAGAUCAACACAUAUAAACACUGACAGAAAACAAUUAAAGCAAGUCUCGCAUUUUCGGUUCAGUUUUGAACCGAGAUUUUCCGAAGUUGACAAGCCCCGCCCCUCCGUACUACGUCAUGUAAUGUACACUAUAGUGGAUCGAUAUGACAAUGAAAGAGAGACUUGGAGCAAGUCUAGACUGAACCGAAAAUGUUAGCCUUAUUAACCCAUUAAGCUGCAAUUGCGCUUAAAUGCAUCCUACUUUAUUAUUAUAUUAUUGUACUCUUCAGCGCACUAAUGAAUGGAGAAUCUUCAGCGCACUAAUGUAAAGUGGAAGCACAGCAAGAUGGCGGGCACUUUUUGUUGAGGUCAAACGACUUUGAAGCUUUUAUUAAUGGGUGAUUCCAGCUGUAGACUACAUUUUGAUCAAGGCAAGAAGAACGAAAUCCAACACCACAGCUAGAAAGAGCGUCUCACUUAGUAUGAGUAAAACUGCAAAGAUUGGUUGCGAAAUGUUGUAAAGUGAAGAAAAUAUAGCGGCCUGUGAAGUUCGCAAAUUUUGUAUAUAUUUCUAUACAAAAACGUGCAUUGAAAAUAGCUUUCCCCCAGUCCUCCUAUACUACCUCACUAAGAAACACUGGCCUUCUUACACUUUACCAGCGAAGAGAGAAUCAGUGCUUGUCAUUCUAUAAGAAUAUCCAUCAACACUCAGACGAUAAGUUGAGAACGCUACUUCCCAGUGCUAUAUCUCACAAAUUCAGUCUAAGAAAUAAACGCACUUAUCCUAUGUAUAAGUGCAAAACUGAACGAUAUAAGAACAGUUUUAUCCCAAAGUGUGUUAGAAACUGGGACCGACCAUAGACAUAACAAAAUAUUUUAUAGUACAUAUCAUUAAUAUAGUUUAUAUUAUAGUAGUUUUAAAUUGAACUUUUCGCAAAUUUAAAAAUUUUAAUACUAUCUAUGUAAUAUCACGUUUUUUAAAUUUUUAUUAAUUUACAAUGUGGUAAUUAUUAAAAUCAAUCAAUCAAUCAAAUUACGCGCGGUAAAAAUAACCACUUUCGGCUCAAAAAUGGUUAUUUUUCCCGCGCGUAAUGCAAAUAUGUGCAAAAUUUUCGAACUUCACAGGGCUAUAUUUUCCUCAUUUUACAACAAGUCGCAAACAAACUUUGCAAUUUUACCGCUCAUUUUAAGAUGUUCUUUCCAGCUAUGGUAAUGCAUUGCGUUCUUCUUGUCCAGAUCAAAAUUUCGUCUAUAACCGGAAUCAUCCAUUUAUUAGCUCCAUUAUUAAGACGUCUCUAUUUAUUUUACUCAAUUCAACUUGUUGAAGGACUUGUUCACCUUUGUGCGAUCGAGUGUGCGAUCACAUUUCACAAACCUAUUGCGUAUAACAACAUUAUUUUGAAUCUGAAGUUUGACCUGGCAAAGCUCGAGUUGGGUUGGUUGUGCAAAUCGCUCUGUUUAUCUUUAGUUAGUGCGCGUUUUUGUGUCAGAAAGCAUUGUUUGCAUCUUGUGGCUCCGUGUGUUACUCAUUGCACCCCCAAGAUGUUCACGACCUGCAAAACAAUUAACACUUAUUUACUGGGAACGAGGGAAACAGUAUGUUUUGUGGACCCGAGACCGUCGAUGUUUUUCGAGGCGAAGCCGAGGGAAACAUCGACGGUCGAGGGUCUACAAAACAUACUGCUUUCCCGAGGUUUCAGUAAAUUAGUAAUUUUUUCUUUUUGUUUAAUUUUAUUGUUAAAACGUUAAAUUAAACACUGCAGUUACUUAAAGCGAAAGUUUUCUAAAAAAUUAGGCAUGUCCGGCCAAAGGUUGCAUCUUCACGUGAAUAGAUAAACGUGAUAUAUAAUGUAUGAUAACACCCUGUAUAACUCAUUCUUGUAUGUACAUACUCAUAGAGUUAUCUAUACAUUUACCUAUUUAAUUCUGUGGUUAAUGGGACGCGUUUGAAAAACAGUAUACCCACUGAAAUGACUAUCCUGUAUAAACAUGUGUAACAAUAAUAACUUUAUUACAAUAGGGGUUUUGGUGGGAAAAUGGUUAGUGCAUGUGCGUUUCACGUUUGCUACUUAAUUCAUUAAACUUCACGUUUAGUUUACAGAGAAUUAAUUAAUUUUUCCUAAUUUAUUUCGUAGAAUAUUCGUCAGUACGUAAAUCUAGUGAAGACGACAUUCUCGGAUGAAACGCCGUUGAUUUUUAUCUUCCGUCUGUCUGACUUGGGCGCCGCUAAUUCUUUUUGGAAGGAUUUUAAUGAAGGAGACCUGAAGUCUACCAUUAGAACGAAGCUUCAGAGUUUUCCAGAAGAGAAUAAUUGUUUUAAGAAUAAAGAUAUCCAGUUCGAUAUUUUUAUUGACGAAGAUGAUUUUCAGAAAGUUCACCAUACACUUGAAAACCCUAAAGAAUGUAAGUCGUGGACAGAAUGUAAAAUAGAUCAUAUGAUCGUAAUUUUGCGGCAGGAAGAACACCUCGUAACCGAGUCUUCUAUUCCAAUCCAUCACUAUAUCAUUAUUAUCAUUAUUAUAAUCAUCAUGAUUAUCGUCAUUAUUAUCAUUAUUAUUCAUCAUUCGGCCUCAUCAUUAUCCUCACCAUCAUAAUCAUCUUCAUCAUCAUCAUUUUUUACCUUUCUGAACCACUUGUUUAAAUAAAUGAUUCCCCUCAUUGUGGUCUUCAAUUUAGCACAGUAGUGAGAAUGUCUAUUCUUGUUUCUCGCAGUAGUCUGAGACUUUCUGAGAAAAGUACUUGGCAGGUUUCCUCGGUCACUAACACCUGAUUGGUACUGAAAAGAACAGUGUAAUACUUAUAAAGCUAUCCUCUAUAAGUUGGUUAAGUUUAGGUUCCUUAAAUAAUACUGAACAAAUAAAGGAUGGCCGCUGACUCUUCUCCCCUAAAAAGGAGAGAAGUUUAGAAGUGAUAGAAUUAUUCAUUAUAACUUUAGUUAGUUUAGUUUACUUUUAAUUAAACUAGUUGUUUAUUGAUAUUGCUUUCGAUGAAAUGAUUUGGUUGAAAAACACUAUAAUAUGAUUUAUAUUUAGGUAAGGUGUUAGUUGAUAGCAUGGAAAAACAGGAAUUGAAAUUACGCGACUACCAGGUUGAGCUUGUAAAACCCGCACUUGAGGGCAAGAACACCAUCAUCUGCGCGCCCACGGGUAGCGGCAAAACAUUUGUUGCCAUAGGAGCGAUAAAACAUCACAUGACAUGCCCAGAUCGGAAGUGUGUUGCGUUCAUAGUAAACACAGUCAGCCUGGUCGAGCAACAGCAGGCGUAUUUGGAGCGAUAUCUCCCAGAGUCUGUGGACGUCUCGAGCAUCUGCGGCAAUAAUCCAGAUAUCUCACUUCUCAGCGUCUUGGAGAAUGCCCAUGUGGUCGUGUUAACUGCACAAGUGUUACUGAAUUCUCUCAAGAAGGAUAAGCAAGGCACCGAGCAAGCUGCUGCAGUGGAGAAGGAGAUUUCAAUAUCGAAAUUUUCGCUUCUGGUGUUUGAUGAAUGUCACCAUACUACCAAGGAACAUCCGUAUAAUGAAAUCAUGAAGUGGUAUAUGAAAGAGAAGUUUGAGGUAUGAACAUGCAUUGUGUUGGGACAGUUUUCGCAAUUUUUGCUUCUGGUGUUUGAUGAAUGUCACCAUACUACCAAGGACCAUCUGUAUAACGAAAUCAUGAGAUGGUAUAUGAGAGAGAAGUUCGUGGUAUGCAUGCGUACAUGUUGUUGUUGUUGCUGCUGUCGUUGUUGUUGUUGUUGUUGUUGUUGUUGUUGUUGUUGUUGUUGUUGUUGUUGUUGUUGUUGUUGUUGUUGUUGUUGUUGUUGUUGUUGUUGUUGUUGUUGUUGUUGUUGUUGUUGUUCUUCUGCUGCUGUUGUUGUUGCUGCUGCUGCUGCUGCUGUUGUUGCUGUUGUUUGUGGAAAUGUUUCGUUUUUCCCUUUCCGCUUUCUUAACAGUUUCAUUCCUUUCAUUCAUUUGUUCUUCUCUUUCUUUUCUCUUAAGUUCAAUAUGUGAUAAAUAUUUCUAACCCCACAGGUUUCCUCUUCUAAUCUUCCACAUAUUAUUGGUCUCUCGGCUUCUCUGGGCAUUGGAACUGGCAACAGUGGAAGUGGCGAAAAAGCUGAGCAGAAUAUCAUGGGAAUAUGCGCCAGCCUUGAUGUUCAUGAGUUACAGGUUAGUGAAUUUUAUAGUGAACUGGAAUAGAUUGAACUGAAGUGAGGUUUUGUUAGUCUUUUACUGUUCUCUCUAGAAAUGCAAAAAAGAAUGAUUCUCUAUUUGAAUAGUGUUGCUACAGAAGGAAACCUAAACCACACUUACUUUAUUCAUGCUUGGUUGCUUUCUGUUCAAUUAUUUACUCAUGAAAUGUUACUGCAAGAGAAAACCGGAAUACCAUGAGCAUCUGGGAUGUUUGAGUCAAACUGAAAGGACUCUUUUUACUUAAGACCGAGGUAAAAAUUUAAUCAGACAACCAUAAAUUGCUGGAAUCGAACCCUGUCAUAAAGGUGAAAAAUAUCGCGAACAGUGCUUUUGUGUGACUUGUUGUGACUGUCUUAAUCGAGUGAACUUAGAUCUAUGAAGAUUUUUCAUAACUGCAUGUUGUCUAAUUUUUGUAACUUGCAUUGUUCUCGUUGUUCUGAUUAGUCAAUGGCUUACAGCUAAAUAUGGAAACACGCAACUUACACAUUUCAUUGUUAUCUGCUAUCAAAGAACAUUGUUAUCUGUAUGUUGAGCCCUCUGGGUUGAGUCAGCGCUAUGUAAUUUCAUAGCAAGUGGCAACUUUACAUACACGGCCUCGAUUUUGGUUUAUAUAUUUUUAUUUUGGCUUGUAUAUUUUUCUUUUGGCUGCAAGAAAAAGUUAGGCCCUUUUGGCUUCUGCUUGACCAUUUCAACACAAGAAUUUUUAAUUUAUUUUUAAAUUUAUUUUUUUAUUUUGUGAAAAAAAUUUUUAUUAAAUUUUUUUUUUAAAUUUUUUUUUUUUUUUAUAAUUCAGAAAACCAAAUAGGAUUCAUGAAAUCCAGCCAAUUAUACUGUUGCUAAAACAUAACCGAUCAUGAUUCAGCAUACCACUGUGUUGCAGAAGUCUGCAUUUGGCUUCUAUUGAACAAAAAUUUGUUUGGCCACUAGCUUUUGAUAGAUUUAAUUUUGGUUACUUUUUGAAUAGCAACCGUGUACGAAUAAAAAUAAGAAAUGAAUAAAAAUGAGAAAAAACAACAUGAACGAAGGCGUUUUUGUGAAUUUUUUUGUACAAAAACAGAUCUUUUUGACAUUUAGACAACUUUAGUAGGUAAAUAAUUUUUGUAAAUUCUUAUGACGUUAUUAUGAACCUGAUACUCAGGGUUUUCACUUCCGCUACCCACCGAAACCCGCGCUGCAUGUUGAUAAUUCGUAUGUCACAAAAACGCUCAUCCAAUAACUGUUUAUUAUUUGGAUUCAGGUACAUGCAGAAAAGCAAGACACUCGUGUGAAGAUCGCACCGAUAUCACGUGAUCACGUCAACGUAUUUCAGAAAACUAUCAGUGACACCAUGACCGACAUCGAAACGAUGAUGUCAUCAGUUCGCAUACCUGCCAUCCCGCACGGCAGCCAACCCUAUGAAAACUGGGUUGUCAACCUCUGCAAUGAGAAUCUUGGUAGAGACAUUUUGACCUGCUCAGAACAUUUGAAGUUUUAUAACAGUUCUCUAAUGAUCAACGACCAAAUCCGCUCGGAGGAUGCACUGCAGUAUUUACAAAAAAAAAUCCACUCUAAAGAAUCGACAGAAAUGGAAAUUAAACUUCGAGAAGUAUUUGACAAAGCUGUGGCAGCCAUUCAAGAUGGAGAUUCCGAACCAAACCCUGGUUUGCAAAUAUUGGAGGAACAUUUGUUCGAGAAGUUGUCUUGCGCUGCAAAAAAUGGUCUUGAGUCAAAAGGAAUUAUUUUCGUGAGAACGCGGUUUGUUGCUGAGACUUUGGUCGACUGGCUGAAAAACUCCCAGGCUUUACAAAAUCUGGUGAAACAUCCAACCUCAGUGAUUGGCUGUGGUCAUCGAGACGGAAAAGGUAACUAGGAAACCUCAACAUGGAACUCGCAAGCGUCACUUUCGCAGGCUACAGAUUUAAGUCGCGUUUGCGCGCUGCGAUUUGUCCGACCGAUUUUAGAUGCACUAAAUGAUAUUUGAAAAAUACGUAGCAAACGCCAUCUGACAACAUCAUUAACUGAAAUUAAUCAUUAGCAUUCAGCAAAAUUAAAAAUCCGCAAUUCGCAGUGUGCAAAAGUAACUUGAUGGAAUACACUAUGUUUUCCUUUAACUCAGAACCAUCAUUAAGGGAAUUUGAUGUUAUAUAUCUAUAGUUUGUUCUCCAGGUUUUUUACUGCAGUAAUAUUGUUACGUAAAUAGUUCUGUGCAACAAAAAAUAAGUUGAAUGUUCCUGUAUGAUCAAAUUACCCGAACGAGCAUACUUUGUCGAGAUGAAUUUCAUCCGUGUUUUUAUGUUGAUUUUUAAAUUUUUCAGCUGGUAUGCCUAAAGCGAGGCAAGACCGUGAAAUCGAUAAAUUUCGAAAUGGUGACUGCAAUGUCAUUGUAGCAACUUCAGUUCUCCUGGAAGGAAUCGAUAUCAAAAAAUGCAACUUCGCCAUUGACUUCGGUAUGCCCGGGAAUGAGAUCACAUUAAUGCAAGCACGUGGUCGCGUGAGAGCGAACGGACCUCGUGAUGACUGGCAGUAUGUCAUCAUAGUACCACGUGAACAGGCUAUGAUGAAAGAACGUGAUUUGCUCAAGGAAAAAUUGAUGAAAGAGACUGUCGCGAAGGUGAAAAGAAAAAGCAAAGAAGAUUUUGAAAAACAGGUAGGAAUAUUCAUAAACCGAAAAAUUUCGUUGAGAAUUAAAUCACCGGAAUAUAGCGUUACCAGUGUGUAAUAUAAUAGCUGGCCAUCGGCCUUUUUUCGAGCAAAACGCUGAUAUGGUCGUCUACCGUCUAUUGAUUUCUAUGCACGGACAUUAUAUCCGCCCUUUUUGCCGCAUUAAUUUGAAUAAUCCCCCCACCCUAUUCUUGUGAACAUUAGCCUCCAACGUCGUCGAUCGCACAUUUUUGCGAGCGAGAAGAAGGAUCCGCGAUUUUUGUAAGAUACUACAUUUAUUCGUUGUACAUCUCACGUCCUGCGUCAAUUUGACAGUUGACAGUCUUUGUUUAUUUAUCCCGGUCGACGCUGAUUGGUUCGCGUUGGCUAGCGAGAAAAAGGAAGAUGGAAGAAUAAAACGCAUGGUUCCAGCAGGCUCACCUUUUUACCAACUGUGAGUCUGCUCGCAGGUUACAUGCAUAAAUUAUACAAUGGGCUAAUUACGCACUCAGUUUACUCUGCCCAGGAAAGCAAGUCAUCCAAAUUGAACCAAAAUUUUAUCGGUUACUCCUUGAACUAUUUCUAUUAGCCCCACAAAUAUUCAUAUCAAUACGUUGCAUGGUUUUUGAGUUAUUGAGCUGACAGACAAACACACAAAAAACGCACACAAACCCAGGUGAAAAUAAAACUUCCUGGCGGAGGUAAUUAAUGUCCGAUAGCUUCCGAUCAUGUAGGACCGAAACGUGGGUUAGUCCAACAUAUUAGCAAGACCAAGUUUUCAGAAUUAUAUUGAAUUAUAACCGUUACAUAUAACAUUGUAAAAAGUUUAAAAAGCUUCUAGCCUUCUAUAUGACACAUAAAAACGCACAACUUGCAACAAGUUUGCAUCAACAACUUGUCAUCAAGAUGUAGUCACACUACUUUUUUCCAGCUUGUUGGUGUGGCAAAGUUGUUGUGCUAGAGUGGUAACUAGGUUGUUGUCAACAAGCUUGACACAAAUUGUUUCAACAAAUGCUACGGGUCUGCAAGUCAACAAGUUGUAACAAGCUUCAUCACAUAAAUUGUUACAACGCUUGUGAACAAGAUGUAAGAUUUUUACGUGUGCAGUUCCGUGCACUUUUAUUGGUGUUUCAACAAGCUGAUAUGUGUAUGUUCAACAAGCUGAUAUAUGCCAGUUGCGUGCGCGUUGCUUGUUCCAGAGACUCGUUAUACAAGGUUUUUCUAUCAAACUGCAACUUGUACUGAUGAUGCAAGUAUGCAACUAUUACAAGUACCUGGAAAAUAUAAGGAGAACUUCGACGUUUUGUGCAAGGGCCUGAAAGUUAGUGUUACAGGUUGUUGUGAGAUAUUGUUUCUAAGUAAUAAUUCGUUCAUAUUUACUAUAAAUUUAAUUAUUGACAUUUAUAAUUCGACUAUACGUCAUAAUGUGGAAAUCAAUAGGAGGGGGCGUGAACUAUAUAAAAAGUAGAGUGUUGUCAAGAACACGGACAGGAGACUUGAUUUGGAGUGAAAAUAAAGUCCAAUAUCAAAAAUAAAAAUCUAAUUGAGAAUACAAGUACAAUAAUAACAUAAUAUUUUACAGUUGUACUGUUUGUUCCUAACUACAGGCGUUGUUACAAGGUUGCGGCAGUCAUGGACGUCAUGGUACAAGAUAAUCAGUCAUAUUUCAUGAACUCCGGUCGAAAUAUAUGAGAAUACAAGUGGUAUGAAUUCAUCUUUACCGUGCUUCGGACCACAUUUCAACACUAUGGGCGCUUUCCAUUUAAUGACCUGACCGGUCAGAACCAAAUUCUUUUUUCUGUACCAAUGGAAAGAUCUGGUCUAUGUUUCUCAAAUAUCUAGCGAAAAUGGACCUCAUUCUAAUGUUAUCAAACUUUUCCGGUCAGAUAAGUCCGAAGCCCAAAUGUUUUGUGUUCCAUUAAAAAAUUUGACCAUUCUGACCGGUCUGGCCGUGCUAAUGGAAAGCGCCCUAGGGUACUAAAACAAACUCAAAUCUCGCGCCCUCGACGGUUGUCAUAGGAACGCUCUUGCCAUGAUGCUCUGGUGACUUUUUACCAUGUGCUCAGGACACGAGCAGCUUAAACGGUGCCUUACACUACGAACUUGACUAUUUCUAGUCAUUUUCCCAUUCGCGAGAAAAAUCGCAUCAAGAAGAAUCCACGAGCAAGUCGUCCAUACGUGAUACGGCCUAAAACUAUGGCCAACGAAGACAAUAACGAUGAAAUGCUUCGUCAAAUCCUCAAUCCGUUACGGAUUUAAAAGCAGCAAUGUCAGCCUGUAACUUCAGGAUUGCUGCUCUUGAACCUCACUCAGGUGUCAGCCUCUCAAGGCUCCCAUUUCACAAGUCCCCAGAUUUUCCAACUCUAACUACUCAAGUAACAACCAGUCAACAUUUCAAUAUUCUCGCCAGAAGCAAAAAUUUUUUUGAAACCCCAGGUUGCCCUACCGACCGCAGCUCAACACCCAGAGCACAUCAAACACUGGCAGGUAUUGACUUCGGAUCCCGAGGUCCUCUACAUUGUGUCAGGCUUAAAAAUGUCAUUACGUUAUGUUUCAAAAAACUCCUCAAGUUACUCAGGGCUUACCAGGGCCAACCCAAUUCUGGAUGUUCAAAGUCUUCUGCAAAAAGGAGCUGUUCGCCAAGUGGUACUAACAAAAGAUGGCUUUUCCAGCCGUCUAUUCAAAAGUUCUAUUAUACAGCUCUCUCAAUCAGUUUAUAGAAAACUCCCAUUUAAUUCCAAAUGGAGCAUCUUUCAGCAAUAAAGACUCUCUUGAAAUCAGGUCACUUCGUGACCAAACUAGACUUAAAAGAUGCUUAUCUCUCAGUAACAGUCCACCCAGAAUCGCAAACGUUCCUACGUUUUAUUUGGAAAACAAAUAUUUCAGCCUCACCCCUUCGUUUUGAAUAUACCCUCUCGCAUAUUCACACAGUUGUUAAAACCAGUGGCAGCCUUUCUGAGGAAAAGAGGAGUUCGCUUAGUAAUUUACCUAGACAGCAUCCUCCUGAUCGGAUCCUUAGUGGAAGAGACACACAGGUUUACCAAGAUAGCGAUUUCUCUUCUAGAAUCCUUAGGGUUAAUCAUCAACAAGGAGAAAUUGAUCGUCAAUCUAACUCAGGUACUGACCUUUUUGGCGUUCACCAUAAACUCAUUCACCAUGACUGACUCUAACCUUACCUCUCGACAAAGUGAACAAUGUGCGCUCACAGUGUUAUCAGAUGCUUGCCAAAGCCAAAGUGUCUCUCUGAUCUAUGGCUCAAAUCUUGAGCAUGCUCGAGUUGUAUCGGCCAGCCAUAUGGCUAGCUAGCCUCUUCACGUUCGCAGGCUACAAGCUCAACUGACCCAGGGGCUACACAGAUCCCUAGGCAAUUACAGGUUAAAAGUAGUUCUCUUCCCUCAGUCAAGACAGGAGUUGCAGUCAAUAUUCUAGAAUUGAAAGGUGCCUUUCUGUCAAUACAAGCUCUCGCUUGAAAAACAAAUCCUCCAUAACUGUGUUCCUUAAUAUGGACAAUUCCACGGCCGAAGCCUACAUCACAAUUAACCGUGCCUACAUCAAUCACAAAGGUAGGACACAUUUUAUGGGGCUUCGGUGGUCAAGUGGUUAGCGCACUUGCCUUUCACCUCUGAGGCCGCAGGUUCAGCCCCCAGUGAGAACUUUCUCAAUGCGACUUGAACCCAGUCCUCAUGUGAAAAGAGUAAAAGUCAACGCUCUGUCGAAAUCAGUAGGUUUUCCCCGGGUACUCCGGUUUCCUCCCACAGGGAAAGUUGACAGGGUGGGUUAGGCAAAAAGGGCUCACAGUAAUCGGCAUAUGCUGUUGUGGUGACCCUGCCCUGGUUGGCAAAGCUAAAUAAAGAAUAAAGAAUUGUCUUCACCUGCUUCAACUUGGUCCAGAUCUGUGGAACAGGUACAUCCAGAGAGACAUAUUCCUAGUAGCGCAUCAUGUCCCAGGAACGUCAAACAGCUAUGCAGAUUGGGAAUCUCGGCUAUUUGUGGACAACACUGAUUGGAUGCUGGAUCCCAGCCUUAUCAGACCCUUUAGGGCACUGCCAAACUAACAUUUUUGCCACGAGAUUAACUCAUCAGCUCCUAACCUACAUCAGCUGGCGGCCAGAUCCCAAAGCUCUCCACUAAAAUGCCCUCAGCCUGCUUUGAAACGGGCUAAAGGGAUACGCCUUUCCACCAUUCAAUCUGGUAUCAAGAGUGCUCAACAAAAUAGUGACAGACCAAACAGAGAUUGUACUGAUAGCCCCAAUUUAGCAAACACAACCUUGGUGGCAUCUACUGCUUCAAUUACUAAUCCAGUAACCAGUUCUUCUGCCAGUCUCACCACACCUUCUGAUCCCUCGGAUCCACAGGCAGUUCACCCAAUGUACUUCACCACGUCUCUAUCUGGGUGUAUUGCAUUCCUUCUACAGCGCCACAAAGCAGAGAAUCUUCCAGCAGACGUUGCCAACUUACUCAUGACAUCGCAACCACUAUAUUCUCCACAAGACCUAUGAAUCAAGCUGGUGCAGCUGGUGUUGUUCACGGAAAAUUGAUUCGGUUUUGGCAUCUUUGAAGGACAUACUUACAUUUCUAUCAGACUCUUUUGAUAAUGGUCUUCAGUAUCGUUCUAUCAAUCUCAUAAGGUCUACACUUUCGGUUACCCACCCCAAGAUUGAUGGUUAUGCAGUGGGACAACAUCCUUAUGUAGUAAAUUUAUUGAAAGGGAUUCUCAACCAGCAUUCUCCCAAACCCCGAAAUUCCCAGACUUGGGAUGCUUCCACAGUGAUCUCCCACUUGGUGAAAAUGGGGAAUAACUCCGAACUUUCCUUAAAACAUCUUUUUUGGAAAUUGUCUACCGUUUUUGCCAUUACAUACCGUAAGCGGGUUUCUUCUCUAGCACAUUUGGACUUGAAUCAUCGGCUGGCACCAGAAGGUAUCAUGUACAUUUACAUUAUCUAAACUGACUAAAACUACUCGACCUGAUAAACGAGUUUCUGACAUUGUUCCUUUGUGGGACCUUUAUGGAUUUGAAAAGAGCGUAAAAAUUAGUUAAUAUAAGUUCAAAAGCUUUUUUUUAUUUGGUGCAAUAGUUUUGAGGAUAUAGGCCUUUAAACAACGGACUAGCAGUCCCAGCCUAUGGCUGCAAAAUUUGUAUGAUUAAAACCAUCUAUCUAUUACGUCAAUGUGGUCAAUAAAUUCCAAUUAUACAGCUGCUGAUGAGCCUGACAGUAUAAUUAAGGUUAUAUAAGUAAACGAUAAGAGAAAUAUACGAGAAUUAUACAGGUGUGGUAUGACUUCAUCUUUACCGUGCGUCAGACCACAUUUCAACACUAUAGGGCAUCGAUCCCAGUGUAGAAAGAGAAACUGAAAUCUCGCGCCCACACCGGUUGUCAUAUAGGAACGCUCUUCCCAUGAUGCUCUCGUGACUUUUUUAACACCGAGCAUUGCAUAAGAUUAGGGAGGGCAUAUCCGUCAGGAUUAGUGUUGGAUGGGACUCGUACAUUUCUCCCUUUGUUCACUCAUAUAACCCCAAUUACACUAGCAUGCAGGCUCAUCAACCUUUGUAUAAUUGGAAUUAAUCAUAUAAAUUCGGAAAUGAACUAUAUACUGACCAAGACCAAGUUGUAUUUAAAUUAUAAAAUUUAUAAUUAUUUUACACUAUGUAUAGAAGUUGAAGUCACAAUAGAAGUUGAUGGUAUAAACAAAAUAGCAAGUACUAUAUUUUAACGUGAAAAUGUAACGAAAAAAAGUAAGUUACUUUUUAAACGAAAACGUUGGUCAGAGAAGUAACGCGUUACCGUCCAUUUUAAGCCAAAAUGUAACUAGUUACAGCUAAUUAAAAACUUGGGUAACGAUUACUUGUAUAACAAAGUUACUUAUAUAGCACUGCCUACAAGUGCGUUGCGAUACACCGCAUCUUUAACGCGCGUUUUUUUUCUCUUAAAGAUUGAGCAUCUUCAGAAGGAAGCUUACAAUGAAUACCUUGAAAAAAAUCUUGCCAAACAAAGUUCAAGUCAAGCCUCACCAGUUCCAGACGAUAUUGAUUUUCACUGCAAAAAAUGUGAAACAUUUGCUUGCAAGGCAAAACAUAUUAAAUUGUUCAGCAAUACAUGUCGCAUCGUUCCCAAAUAUAAAACUAACCUUCACAAUGUGAUUUUCAAAGAGGCCUCUUCCAAAUCCUUGCCUGGUGGUUUCUGCAAGACUGGAAAAGUACACUGUGAAAGUUGCGAUCAAGAUUGGGGUGUCCGAGCAAAAAACAAAUUUGGCGAGUUUCCAAUGUUAAAGAUUUUUUCAUUUCGUGUUAAAAGAAAUUCAGAGGAACUGGUGUAUAAACAGUGGAAAGAAUUCCCAUACAAACUGGAGACAUUCGACACAGUUAACGAUGUUGAUCUACAGCACUGAGUAUUCCCCUAUCAGUUCGGAUUCAGAAAAGGCUAUUCAACUGAAUAAGCUAUUCUUGAAAUUACUGAUAAUAUAAAAACAGCCAUAGAUAAGAAACAACUAACAUGUGGUAUUUUUCUAGAUUUCUCCCAAGCAUUUGAUACAGUUAAUCACGAAAUACUGCUUUCUAAAUUGAAUAAAUAUGGUUUUCGUGGUGUUCCUCUUUUAUGGUUUACUGAUUAUUUUACAAAUCGUAAACAAUAUGUUAGAGUAGGAGAUACUGAAUCUGACAAAUUGAAUUUGCUUUGUGGUGUACCACAAGGAUCUACUCUUGGACCAUUACUAUUUUUGCUCUACACAUAAAUGAUAUUUCCAACUGUUCAAGAAAACUUUAUUUUCGGAUUUUUGCCGAUGAUACAAGUGUAUUUUAUUCUUGUGAAAAUGCCAAUGAGCUUGAAACUGUAAUGAAUGAAGAAAUUCAAGCUUUAUUUAAAUAUUGUGCAAUUAAUAAAUUAUCAGUAAAUUUAAAAAAAACCCAUAUUUUUUGGUAUUCACAUCUCCCAAUCGAAAAAUUGCAAAAAUUCAUAUAAAUAUAUCGAACAGAAAAGUUAUGUUAAUAUUUAGGCGUGUAUUUUAAAUGAGUAUUUGAACUGGGAUCAUCAAAUCAAACACGUUAAUGUUAAGAUUAAUAAAAAAUUAUGGUAUAAUUAAUAUACAAGAUAUUACGUUGAUUUAAAGAUGCUGAAACAUCUCUAUUUUACAUAAUUACAUUGAUAUAUCCUUAUUUGAAUUAUGGAAUAAUGAGUUGGGGCAAUACAUAUGCAUCCAAGCUGACUAAAAUAUGCACAAAACAAAACAAAUGUAUCAGAAGCAUUUUCUUUACACGUAGCAGAGAAAAUGCCUCUAUUUAGAAAAAAUUACUUGGGAUUUUGAAAUUAGAUAAUAUUUUUAAACUGCGCAUUGCUAUACAUUGAGUUAUAUGAGGCCAAAUAAAAGUGUUACCGCCCGCCUUUCGAUUGUGAAGAAAGUUUCAACAAGACUCUUCUUUCUUUGUCAACUAAAAAGAACAAAAACUGUACAAAGGAUUUACUAACAUUUUACCUGACCUGUGUCACUCCUGUGAUGGAAUAUGUUUGUCCCGUUUUCCACGACUCCUUACCCAAUUACCUAUGCGAAGAUCUGCAGAAGUUACAGAAGCGAGCCCUUCAUAUCAUCUUCUCAACGUUACCUUAUGCAGAAGCUUUGGUAGAAGCGGAAGUUGACUCAUUAUUUAAUAGAAGACAAAUUCUAACUACUAAACUAUUUAAUGACAUUGUAAAUGACGAAAGUCAUAAGCUUUACCAAUUACUACCAAGUAAGAACUUUUCAAAUUAUAAUAUGAGGAAAGAAAACAUUUUUAAGUAUUUUAACGUUCCUAUUAGUAGGACGAAUAGAUUUAAAAAUAGUUUCAUACAACAUGUAUUUUAGAUAAAGUAAAUAUUUAUUGUAAAGUUAGAAGCGUAAUUCAACCCGUGGGUUGUAAUGUUUUAAAUUAAUUAAUUAAUUAAUUAAUUAAUUAAUUAAUUAAUUAAUUAAUUAAUUAAUUAAUUAAUUAAUUAAUUAAUUAAUUAAUUAAUUAAUUAAUUAAUUAAUUAAUUAAUUAAUUAAACUAUCUAUCUAUCUAUCUAUCUAUCUAUCUCUUAUAGCAAAAUGGCAGCCUUCGCAACAUCAGAACAAAAAAUAUCACCGAUAUGGUGGAACAACCGCCCCCCAUCCCCUCCAAAAGAAAAUACUAUUAAAAAAUUAAAAAACGAGUAAAAAUUUAAAAAAAAACCCCGCCCUCCCGCCUCUGAAAAUUUUUUGUGAGUGUAACGCUAACCAAGUAUUUUUUUUAUUUGGCCUAAUUUGCACAUAAAAAAAGGCUGUGCCUUCUAUUUUUUGGAUUUUCUUCCAGUAUCCAUUCUUAUAAUACACGAGACCAAAAGUAAGAACAAAUUAUGGAAUACACACUUUCAAAUAUAUUGCUUCAAAAAUAUGGGAAAACAUACCUGUAAACAUAAAAAACUGAGAAUCAAUUGGUAUAUUUAAAAGACAACAUUUAAUAUUUAUCGUAUCCGAACAAAUUUAGAAAAAUGAUAAAUUAAUAUAAUAUAGUUUGUAAAUAGUCUUGAUUAUAUAUUAUGUAUUGUAAUGUGUGUUAUUUAGAGACACAUUUGUUUCUUUUGGCUUUUCUCAUUUAGUUAAUAUCAUGAAAUAGUAGACAGUGCAUGGUCAACUAGAAAGCUAUGCUCCUUUGACCACUGUGCACUAACACUAUAUUGACUUUAUCUUCCUUUUUCUUUUCGUUCUAUUAUCUAUUCCAUAAUUGUUUGUAAUUAAUUUAAUGAAAUAGUGUCAUUAAAGAACCUUGAAUCAUACCUAAUUUUAAGACUUUUUUAUCACUGCACAUUUUUGUGCAAAGUUUAGCCGAGCAGAAGCCACGC